CCAAAUUUUCCCUCGAAAACGGCCCCAAAUUUUAAACCCUAAUUCUUCUCUCUUCAUCGCCGAUCGAAGAAAUGUCGCACUUCGGGAGAUCUGGGCCGCCGGACAUCAGAGACACCUUCUCUCUCCUCGUCCUCAACAUCACUUUCCGUACUUCAGCUGAUGACUUGUUCCCCCUGUUUGAUAAGUAUGGAAAGGUGGUUGAUGUGUUCAUUCCUCGCGACCGGAGAACUGGAGACUCCAGGGGUUUUGCAUUUGUGCGCUAUAAGUAUCAAGAUGAGGCUGCAAAAGCAGUUGAAAAGCUGGAUGGAGGAGUUGUUGAUGGGCGAGAAAUAAUGGUUCAAUUUGCUAAAUAUGGACCCAAUGCCGAACGAAUUGAUAAAGGUAGAAUUGAGGAACCUGUUUACAAGUCUAAAGGCAGGUCAAGAAGCCGCAGUCCACGCCCAAGGGGUGAUGACAGGGACCGAGACUACAGGAGGAGCAGUGAAACUAGAAGUAGGGGAAGAAGUGAGCGCGAGUCUUAUCGUGGCAGGCAUAGGGAAUCUUCCUAUCGAAGCAGGAGUCGGUCCAGGAGUCGAAGCCGUAGUGCAAGUCCUGGCUAUCGCAGAGAACGUGGUAGAGGAAAAUAUGAUGAUGGCGAUAGACGUAAACGAAGUCGGUCUUAUGAAAGUGCGUCUCCUGUUCGUCGGAGUCUCACUCCUCGGAGGUCUCCUUCCCCAAACAAAUCACCUCUAUCUAGGGAUGGAAGUCCUGAUGUGCGUCAUGCCAAAAUUGAACGAUCUGCCACCCCUAAGAGUGUCUCUCCUCGCGGCCGCCGUGAUUCUCGUAGCCCGUCUCCACAUGAUGAGACCGAUGAGUAAUGGAUUGGCAGCAUGUGGUUUCUUGAUUUGACCUAUCAUCACAUGGUGGUUGCGAUCAACGCUUUCCCUAAAGAUCUUGUCAUCAGUUUGAAUACCUAUGCGUUGUACUAGACUUGUUUUGUUGUUUAUGUUAGAUUCUGCACCAGACAUAAAUGGUUCGGUACCAGUCUUUAAACUCUUUUAUCAUUCUUAGGUGGAUUGAGCUUUCUCUGGUA